AUGGCUAGCAUUGGUACUUCUUUGAAAAGGAAGAGAAAUUGGGACUGUAUUCGGUUCAUAAUUACUAUGAUUAAUUGUGUUGUGUUGCUACAUUUGAUGUUGUACUCGAUGAGAAAAACUAUAUAUGAUUUCCAUUAUCUUAAGCUUGAUAAAAAAACUAGGAGAAAAAUGAGAUUACACAACUUGAAUAGAAUGAUUAGAGAAAGUGACACUUUGUGUAGGAACUAUAUUCGUAUAAAUCGAUACACAUUUGAUGUGCUUUUAGAGAUGGUUAGAGAUAUUGGUGGAUUAAAUGAAACAAAAAACACAUGUUUGGAAGAGAUGGUUGCGGGUUUCUUAUACACAUUAGCUCACCAUAAGAAAAAUAGAAUGAUGGGUGCACAUUUUUAUAGAAGUGGUGAAACUAUUAGUAGACAAUUUCAUGCUUGUUUGUUAACAAUCUUAAAGUUACAUGCUAUUCUUCUUAAGAAACCAACACCAAUACAAGAGGAUUGCAACGAUGAAAGAUGGAAAUAUUUCAAGAACUCAUUAGGUGCCCUUGAUGGUACAAUGAUUCUAGUGAAUGUUCCUUGUGAAGAUCGAUCCAAAUAUCGGACUAGAAAAGGUACCCUUGCUAUGAAUGUAUUAGGAGUAUGUUCACCCGAGAUGGAAUUUAUAUAUGUCUUACCUGGUUGGGAGGGAUCGACACACGAUGGUCGGAUUCUUCGAGAUGCUAUUUCUAGGCCUAAUGGGUUAAAAGUUCCAAAAGGUUGUUAUUAUCUAUGUGAUGGAGGAUAUACUAAUGGAGAAGGAUUCCUUGCACCAUAUAGAGGGCAUCUUUAUCAUCUUAGAGAAUGGAAUAAUGGCCCCCAACAACCUCAAACCGCCGAAGAAUAUUUUAACUUAAGGCAUGCAAAAGUUAGAAAUGUGAUUGAGAGAUGCUUUGGGUUACUCAAGGGAAGAUGGGGGAUUCUUAGAAGUCCUUCUUGGUUUAGUUUACAAACACAUGGUCGAAUUGUACUUGCUUGUGCCUUAUUACAUAAUUUGGUAAAGAGAUACAUGCUUGCAGAAUUUGAUGAUAAGGACUUGUUUGAGGAAAAUGAUAGUGAUGAUAAUGAUGACUUGUAUGUUUAUUUCAUGCUUGAUUUUUUUUUUACUUAUAUUGGACUUGAGGAAAAUUUCCUUUGUUUACUUAGGAUGGAUGAAAGUAGUGUAAGUGGAGGUGGAAGGGGAAAAAACAAACGAUUUUGGACUGCUCAAGAAGAUAAAGUUCUUGUGGAAGCAUUGUCAGAGCUAGCUAUUGAUCCUCACUGGAGGUGUGAUAAUGGAUUCAGAAGCGACUACAUGGUUUGCUUAGAGGAGGUCAUAGGUAAGGCUCUUCCUGGUUGUGGUUUGAAGGCUCUGCCACACAUUGAUUCUCAACUUAAGACACUUGGAGCCAAGUUUAGGGCUAUUUCUCAAAUGUUAAAUACAAGUGGAUUCGUUUGGGAUGAUGAAAAAAAAAUGGUUUCUGUGUACCGGGCUGUUUAUGACGAGUUUUGCAAGAAUCAUCCGAAUUGCAAAAACUUGUUUGGAGUUUCAUUUCCGCACUUUCAUGAACUCAUGAAUGUUUAUGGCAAGGAUUAUGCUACUGGAAAACCAGCUGAAGAUUAUGUUGAAGCAAUCAAGAAUUUGCAAAAUGUUGCCCCUCCACAGGUUACACUUGAUUCAAGUGAUGAUGAGGGAGUUGCUGCUAGUGGUAAUGCCACUCAAACUGUUACUUCUCCUCCUGCAAAAAAGAUGAAGACUGAAAAAACUUCUAAAAGAAGUAAGAGAGGAAAUGGUGGUGAAGGUAGUUCUAAUGAAUUGGCUAGCUUACAAGCAUUCAUGAAAGACAUGAAUGUUCAUCUUUCCACUAUGGCAAAUGUGAUGGCACGCACUGAUGAUCGUGAGCAAAAAAUAGUUGAAAAGACUGAGCAAGUGUUAGAGGAACUACUCUCUUUCAAUUUAGAAGGUGUAACUCCUAACCAAGUUUUUGAAGUGGCUAACAUUCUAACCGCACAACCAAACAAGCUUCUGAUAUUUUCAAAGUGUCCCGACGCUUUGAAAAGUGCUUAUGUUAAGAGUCUUCUUGGAGGAAAUAGUAAUGCUUAG